AGUGGCUCUGGCGACUGGGGCUGAGGGAGGCACGCGUCCCGGGAUGGCGGGGACCCCGGUCGGCGGUGCUGCUCCCUUCUCCUGUCCCUCCAACUUUACCGCGACGUCCCCAGCAUCAGAACCCACUCGUUUCUCUUUGGAGGCGUUAAAGGACCCAGAUACGGAACUGUGGCUUAUCCAGGCUCCUGUGGACUUUGUCCCAGACUGCCUCAAUGGGCGGCUAGUGCCUCUUUCAGGCUCCCAGAUUGUGAAGGGCAAGUUGGCAGGCAAGCGGCGCCGCUACCGGGUCCUCAAAAGCAGUGGCCCCCAGGCUGAAGAAGCAAUCCUGCUGGCUCCCUCCGAGGAGGCAGCAGGGGGACUCACCUGUGCCCCAGCCCCCCAGGGCAGCCUAAGGAUCUUUGAUAGUCCCCCAGAACCCUCAUCAGGGACCUUGCUGCAGCCCAUUCCAGCAAGCCCCCCUCCACAAAUCCCCCCUGGCCUGAGGCCUCGGUUCUGUGCCUUUGGAGGUAACCUACCAGUAACAGGGCCUGGAUCAGUCUUGACACUGAAUUCACCAGCCUCAAGGAAGAGGAAGAAGAAGAUGCAUAUGCCAGGGGCCUCAGUUGCCCAGGAGGCAGUGAAUGGGCUUGGGGCCCUGGAGGUGAACACAGUCUUGGGGUCCCCAGAUACGGAGGUGGGGAAGAAGAAAAAAAAGCAGGAGCCGAAAGAACUAGAGGUUUUGAAGCCAGCAGCAGCAGAAGCCCCCCCUGAGAUGUCGGAACCCCUGGUAGCACCAUUCCCGUCUCCCGCCAAGAAGAGGAAAAAGAAGCCCAAAGAGGCAGAAAUGGUCAAAACAGAAGAGCAGACACCAGAGCCCGAAGAAAAGACAGUGGAGCUGGAACUCAUGGUUAAAACAGAGCCCCUGGAAGAGCCAAUCCUGUCCCCUACCCGGAAGAGGAAGAGGCAGAAGGGGACAGAAGGGAGAGAGUCAGGGGAAGGGAUACCAGGUGAGUCUCUGCUGCAGCUGAAGGUGGAGCCAGAGGAGGAAGCCAUCCCACUGCCUUCCUCAAAGAAGAAGAAAAAGAAGAAAGAAAAGGGAUACAAAGUAAUGAUGGAGCCAGGGACUGAGGCUGCAGAGCCUGAGAUGGGACUUCUGGAGCCCCUGGGUGAGAUGAUGGAGCCUGAGCCACUACAGGAAGCUGGGCUUCAGGCUGAGGCAGCUUUAGUGCCCACCAAAAAGAGGAAGAAGAAAGAAAAAUGGCAAAACACGACAGUGGAGAUGUUGGAGCUGGGGGCAGAGGUGAUGGAGCCUCCGAUGGAGCCUAAGUCGCCAGGUGACCCUGAGCCUCACAUGGCUCCAGCACCCACCAAAAAGAAGAGGAAAGAACGGGGGCAGAAAGCAAUAGAGCCAAGGGCUGAGACGGCUGGCCCACAGGAGGGCUGGGUGGUGGAGCUGGAGGUGCCAGCUGAGGGUGAGCCUGAGGCCAGGGCAGAUCCUGCAUCCACCAGGAAGAGGAAGAAGCAGGACUGGGGAAGUAGGGUCCCUGAGAUCACAACCCAGGAGAAGACGCUGGAGCCAUCGCUGGAUCUGGGGUCUGUGGAGGUGGCUCCCACAGGACGGGAAAAAAAGCGGAAAAAGCUACAGCAGGGUCCUGUGUAGACUC